AUGAUAUAUACAUUUCGUUAUUUGAUUACUGAUCUUUACAGAUGCCUGACUGAUUUACAUACGGAUUUUAAGGCUCAACUACAAUCUAAAACAUCAAUGUUAAUCGUAUAUCGAGAGCAACGAAUAUCUAGAGAAGAAUUACAAGAAAUCAGAGCGAAUAUUGGACAACUUUAUUCUACAAAUACUUUUCUUUCGACAACAUUCGAUCGUGAUAUUACAGCAAUGUAUGCUCCAGAUGGACUGACACUGAAUACUACGGAUUCAGAACAUACAUGUUUUGAGUCGGUAGUAUUCAAGUACAUCGUAAAUACGAAUAUCAUUACAAAACCAUAUGCUCUUUUAAAAAAUAAAAGCUAUUAUUUUGAUGAAGAUGAAGUUCUGUUUUCAAUUGGAACGAUAUUUCGAAUUGAUUCUGUCGAACAAUCAUUGUCGAAUAACAAUCAAUGGGAUGUAACACUAACGUUGGCUGCCAAUGCUGAUGACGAGAUACAAAAAGAGCUGAAUUUUUAUAUCGACCAAAUUCAUAGUACGCCAACACUUUUACUGCUGGGCGAUUACUUGGCUGACAUAGCACACGAUUAUCCUAAAGCAGAGUAUUACUAUCGACUGUUCUUAGAAGACCAGUCAAUAGACGACGACUAUCAUAAAAUCAUGGCUCACAUUAAAAUCGGACUGAUUUAUGUUCAAAAAGGCGAGUAUGCCACAGCCAUCGAUACAUACGAAACAAGUCUGCGGACGGACAGCCGUUGA